AUGGACAAUCAGCAAGCACAGCCAGCGCAGCAAGGUCAGCAGCCACUCCAACCAGAACCGAUCUUCGACGCUCGCUUUCCAGCACCACCACCUUUCUGGCGCAGCUUCACCACUCAGAACCUUGCUCAACUCGAAGAACAUGAAUCACAAGCAGACUUCGAUCCGGCCGACCUCCCUUACAGCCUGGCAGUUCUUCGCCCACCACCUCGUCCGACCGAGAACACCAAGGAAUACCACGUCUAUGGCACUACAUACACUAUUCCACCAGCACCUACCCUGCCUUUCGAAGACGAUCAGCUCAUCGACUUCACCUCUCUAACCACAGCAUCAACCCAACGUGUCCACGCUCGUAGGCUUUGGCAACUCACUAAAUCUCUUGUACUCAACUAUCUCGAAUUGAGCACGAUCAUGGCAGUUGACCCAAAGAGUUAUCAGGAGAAAGUAAAGGAUAUUGAGGUCUUGAUGACAAAUGUGAAUGGCGUUAUCAACACCCUUAGACCUCAUCAGGCACGGGAAGGGCUGAAGAUCAUGCUGACGAAUCGACUGGAGGCUGGCAGGGAGGAGAUGGAGAAAUGCGAUAAACUGAAAGCAGAGAUUGAAGAGUUCUUAAGUGGUGUUGGCAAAUUUGAAGAUGAAGAUAGAGAAGGAGAGAGGAUCGAGGAAAGUCAAGAUAGGGCCAAGGCAGAGGUCAACGGCGUUCACAGAGUCAACGGAGUACAUGCUCAUGUCAACGGGACGAAUAGCCCCGAAGUAGAAAGACUUAGAAGAGCUUGGGAGGACUUGGACGAUUUGGACGAUGACUGA